AUGGACAAAAAGCUUUAUUGCAUUUUGCAGUAUGCAUUCCUAAUCACCAUAACCUUCCCAAUGCUUUCUUCUGAAGCCAAACAACCUAUGAGUCUUGCAACUGAUCAAACUGCCCUUCUUUCACUCAAACAUACAUCUCUUUUACUUGCAACUAAUUGGACCAACUCCACCUCCGUCUGCAGCUGGAUUGGCGUCACUUGCAGCUUGCGCCACCAUAGAGUAGCUGCCUUGAAUCUCUCCAACAUGGCUCUCUUCGCCACCAUUCCACCACAGCUCGGACGCCUCUCCUUCCUCGUCUCCCUCGACCUCACCAACAACCUUUUCCAUGGAGAUUUGCCACACGAAUUGUCUCUCCUUCGCCGUUUGAAGUUCAUAUCUCUCCGACUCAACAACUUCACCGGAGACAUCCCUCCCAUGUUGGGUCAGUUACCAAAAUUAGAGUACUUGUCUUUACGCAACAACAGCUUCAUAGGUUCCAUCCCAAAAUCCCUCUCAAACCUCACAAACCUACAAUUUCUUGACUUAAGAUCCAAUUCUCUAAGUGGAGAAAUUCCAAAAGAGUUUGGGAGACUUCAAAGUCUACAAACUCUGUAUGUUCAACGUAAUCAUCUCUCCGGUGCUAUACCAUCAGCCAUAUUCAACAUCUCGACCCUUGUAUCUAUGGGCUUCACAUACAAUGAAUUGAGUGGAAGUCUUCCAACAGACAUGUGCCGUAAUCUUCCAUCUCUGACUGGGCUUUAUCUUUCUAAGAAUCAAUUGAGUGGCACGAUUCCCUCAAAUCUAUCCCAAUGUUCACGGCUUGAGGAGUUGAGCCUCUCUUACAACUCUUUUAGUGGGGAGAUACCUUCAGAAAUCGGCUACUUAACAUCUCUUCAGUUUUUAGCUCUUGGUGGUAACAAUUUGAAUGGUAUGGUUCAAGUUCUUAUCACAUAA